GGUCAUUUGAUAACGACCAGAGAGGCACGAUAUUAUCGUCGCUCAGAAUAAUCCCUUCUCUCUCUCUCUCUCCACUCAAUUCUGUGUGCUUCGUCUUCUGCAAAGCUUUCUUUGGGCGGUAUGUAAUUCUUCUAUUCUCGUCCCAAUCCAUACUUAUCGUUUGUAUUUCGUGUGCGCCAAUCUAUUUCAGAUCUCGCUGGAUAUCAACUGGUAGCGUUACUGCUAUUCUUGCCGGAGAUUACCAUUUUUGAACCAUCCUUGUUUCGAUCUGGAGUUUUGUUCCACCUGUGUUGCUCUUCGCGGCCGGAAUUUCACGUGUUUGAGAUUCGCAGACAUUGAAACCCAUGGGAUCUGUUAAUUUUUUCGUUCUAUGCUUUGGAAAUUUCCAGUUCAUACGGGUUGUAUUGGUUUUGUGUUUGUAUCGAGGUUGAUCAUGCUGUCCAUUAAUCUGAUCUUUGUUGAGUAUAAGAUUUUGUGUUUGUGUUUGUGUUUGUAUAGAUGUUGAUCAUGCUGUCCAUUAAUCUGAUCUUGGUUGAGAGUAAGGUUUUGCUUUCGAUUCCCAGUUAUGAAGUUUCUUUUAUAAUCAGACUUAUUCAAGUGGCCUGUUGAGGUGAUCCUUGGUAUUUCCAGCUCGUACUGGUUCGGAUCCUCUUAUUAUGUGGCUUAUUGUUGAUCAACCUUGUAUUACUGGCAUUAUAAUUAUGUAGUGAUGAUGAUCUCGAUAGUGUUGUGAUGUUGUAUUCUGUUAUUUUCCUGUUUUUCUAUGUAGUAUUUCCUAUGGUAAAGUAGGUAAUUAUGUUUACAUCUGAAGUUUUUGCUGUGAGCUGAUUUGUGCAUGUGUGUGUCAGUGUUGAGCGAUCCCUUUAGUGGCUGACGUGAAACAAAGAUGGGGUUGACCUUCACAAAGCUGUUCAGCAGGCUUUUUGCCAAGAAAGAGAUGCGCAUUCUGAUGGUAGGUCUUGAUGCAGCUGGUAAGACUACAAUCCUCUACAAGCUCAAGCUUGGAGAAAUUGUCACCACAAUCCCAACUAUUGGAUUCAAUGUUGAGACUGUGGAAUAUAAGAACAUCAGCUUCACUGUUUGGGAUGUUGGCGGUCAGGACAAGAUCCGUCCCCUGUGGAGGCACUACUUCCAAAACACACAGGGCCUUAUAUUUGUGGUGGACAGCAAUGACAGGGAUCGAGUUGUCGAGGCAAGGGAUGAGUUGCACAGGAUGUUGAAUGAGGAUGAGCUAAGGGAUGCUGUUUUGCUUGUCUUUGCUAACAAACAAGAUCUGCCCAAUGCAAUGAAUGCUGCGGAAAUAACUGACAAGCUCGGCCUGCAUUCUCUGCGUCAACGUCAUUGGUACAUUCAGAGCACAUGUGCAACAUCUGGGGAGGGCCUGUAUGAAGGGCUGGAGUGGCUUUCCAACAACAUUGCUAGCAAGGCCUGAAGUGGCAAAAGAAAUGGUUGAUUACUGGUGGAAAUUUCGCUGGAUGAUUGGCUAUCUUAGGCCUUCAAUGAGAUCCCUGGGGAUCCUGCAGACGCUACCUUUUUUUUUCUUUUAGUUUUUGAAUGGUGUGGUUGUUGCAAGAUGUUUUGCCCGAAAAAGUGUUGAAACUGUUGGCCGAAUUGAUAUUACUGAUGUUUUAGCUUACUACUGUCUGCUGUGAACAAUACUCAAAUGCUCUUAUAUAGUGUUUCAAAUCUUUUCAUCAAGAAAGCAAACUUACUUGCAGGAGACAGUGUAACAAUAUGUUGGAGAGUUGUCUACUCAAAACACAUUCCUGAUACGAUUGCUCUUACAAAUCGCAUC